UCCCUCCUCGCCCGAAAGUGACACCCUCGCGAGUGACUUCCCGGCUCGCGAAACCGGAUGCGAUCUCGUUUCCCGUCUGCGAGUGACGUAAUCGCGCCCGAGGAGACGACGCGCGGUACGUCGUAUCGCGCGCCGUUGCGUGAAACGGAGCGUGCGUAAUUUCCAUCAGCAGCCGAUCAACACCUGGGACACCUAUGAGACCUUGGAAUUAAGGACGUCGGGAAGAUCGGCGGAAGAGGAGAAACAGAGAGGGGGGAGAGUAGGAAAAGAAAGGAUACACUUUCCGAGCGUAUCCGAGUGCAUCUCGUUCCUUUCGCCGCUUCGACGAGCGAUCAUACACGCAAAUUUCGCGGCGCGAUCGAGAUAAGCGCGGAAAUUUCAACGCUUUCUUACGUGGGAAGCAAGAGCAGCGGUGUAUUUAAAAAGUCCGUCGCUACAAGCACCUUCGAUCUAACUUAAUCGCCAAGAGACAAUCCAAACCUGUUGCCAUUGCGAGGGAGAAAGUCGCCGAGUACGUCCAAUUUCGCGGGGACUGCGUCAUCGAAUUACAUUCGAAGAGCAUUCCUCCUUUCGGAGUUCGCGCCGUCAAGCUUCAACCCUGCGCGGAAGUCCAGGGUUUUGGUUUCGCGGGAGGAAAGUUCAGACCCGCUAUCGUCGCCCACGAGAGAAAGAGAUUCAAGGGUCACGUGCGUCGACUUGGCCAAGAUAAAACUUGUCGUCGUCGCGAACGGGAGAGACGUCGCCGCCGAGUACGUUGAAUUUCGCGGGGACUGCGUCAUCGAAUUACACUCGAAGAGCAUUCCUCCUUUCGGAGUUAGGCGCCGUCACCCUUCAACCCUGCGCGGAAGUCCAGGGUUUUCGUUUCGCGGGAGGAAAGUUCAGACCCGUUAUUCGUCGCCCACGAGGGAAAGAGAUUCAAGGGUCACGUGCGUCGACUUGGCCAACGUAACUUGUCGUCGUCGCCAGGAGCAGAGCUAAAUCUUGAUCGGGGUCACGUCGAAGGUAGCAGCUGAGAGUCGCGGAUGUGAGAUCGGGCUGAAACUCGUCUCGCGCUUACGUGCCCUUCCACGUGGAUCGGCGAGGCGGUCGAUGCGCGGCGGGCUCGUCACGUUUGCGACGCGGCAAUCGAUAUACCAGCGAGCCUCUCUGGGAUUUUCACAGCCGAGUCACGUGUGUGAGGCUCUGGCAUCCGGUACGUGUAAACGGCGACCGCUUUCGCGAAGGCAGGCGCGUCCGGUGAGAAGCGCAGCGCGCGAUCGUCCGACGAGUAUCGGCGAGUCGCGCCUCGCGGGAUCGGUCUGGUGGUACUCGGCGCGCGUAGCUGGAGAGCGACCGCGUUUACGAGGACGCGGGAGCGAGCGCGGCUGUUCGCUCCGCGCGAUAAUCGUCGCCGUUCGCUUUCACCGCAGCCUCCGCUCGCACGGCGCUGCGAACUGGCGGCGGGUAUUCCGUAAUAAAUCUAAUAGCCAGCCUGGAGUAACGGUUUACGACGAAUAUUACCCGGCGCAAGCGGGACGCGAGAAGAGCCGGCGAGCAGCAGAGUCUUACGAAAUUGCGCGCGGUCUCCGAGGUCUCGCGAGAUAAUCGAGGGGGAUUAGCGCGAGGAGGCUCGCGAACCCGCGCGAAGUGGGUCGUGAUAGAAACUUUUCGAGAGUUCACGAGAGGUCCCGGCGAUUGGAUCGAAUCACGCGCCGUCUUCCACGAGGGUCGCCACGCAAAUUGACACGAGAAGCGCAGCGGCGGCAAAGGCGAGCGAGCGCUUCGGGUAAAGGGUUGGACAAGGCCCUGGACGAAGGAGCAGGCGGUCGCCCGAAUGCGCGCUGGGAUACCGAGGUCAUCGCUCGUCGUGUGUACGGACGCGAUCGCUCGAUCGGCUCGGCGAUAAGAGGCGCGAGAUUCCAACGGGGUCGACCGUCGAUGGCGAUGUCGCUGGCGUGAAGACACUACUCGCGACGACCGCGAGAGCUGCCGCACAACGUGUAUCGCGCUUCGUCGGCUGGUGCGUUGCCUCUCUCUCUCUCUCUCUCUCUCACCCCCUGCCUCUCUCGCUCUUUCUCUCUCAGAGAAGCCAAGCAGCGCAGUAAAAAGCCGGCAAGCUGGAUGCUACAGACGGUGCCUCGCCCCCUCCGCCCCCGCCCGACAUUACUGUCACGCAGGAUGACCGCUUCGGGAAGCGGACGGGCGGCAGCGCCAGGCGACCCAACGAAUGCUUCGUCCUCGAGCCCUCCGAGAUGAUUGUCAUCGACUACCCGGAAGUUCAUGGCGGGGGGAGGAUGCAUCGACCACCGCACCCCCAUCCCAUAACCGACCACCGUCAGGUCAACCUGGUCUUCGAUGACACGUUCUCACAGGGCCUCACGGGCAGGCCGGAGCUGUAUCAGAAAUCAAAUAGAAGCAGCCAUUCGAGUGACACAAGUUCGGCGUACAGUGGAUCCGACACCAUGACAUCUGUACAAAGCUCGUUGGACGCGGAUCCCGAUGAAGUGGAUCUGUCAGGUCUCGUGGAAUCCAUCGUCGACAGCGACGAGGAGGAGGAUCUGGCAGAGAGCAUGGAUAGCUUGACGGUGCGCGAUCCCGUACGAGAAUGUUUAGAGAAGGAUCCGGUGGAUAGAACGGAGGACGACAUAGAGACGCUUUUAGAGUUCACGCAACAAUUGAAAGCUUUCACAAACAUGACUUUGGCUGUCAGAAGAGCGCUGUGCGCUGUAAUGGUAUUCGCGGUGGUCGAUCGCGCCGGUAUGGUGGUCUUGAAUGACGGCGAGGAACUCGACAGUUGGAGCGUUCUGAUCAACGGCGCGGUUGAGAUCGAGCACACCAGUGGCGAGAUUGAACAACUUGGUCUCGGCGAUAGCUUUGGUAUCUUGCCUACUAUGGAGAGGCUGUUACAUCGCGGAGUUAUGAGAACAAAGUGCGACGAUUGCCAAUUUGUUUGCGUCACGCAAGCAGAUUACUUUCGGAUUCAGCAUCAGGGAGAAGAGAAUACGAGAAGACACGAAGAGAACGGAAGGGUGAUUCUAGUGACUGAAUUGCGAGGAGCUCUGGACGGCGCAGCCCGAAGAGGUCACGUGGUGAUCCGGGGAACGCCAGAGCGUUUGAUGUUACAGCUCAUCGAAGAAAACAGUAUUACGGAUCCUACUUAUGUGGAAGAUUUCUUAUUGACUCAUCGAACGUUUAUCGAUAGUCCGUUGUUAGUCGCGAGCCAAUUGCUGGAGUGGUUCGAUCAAGCGCAAGUGCGAGAUCGUGUCGCUCGCGUCGUGCUCUUAUGGGUGAACAAUCAUUUUACCGAUUUCGAGACUGAUCCAGCGAUGAUGGAAUUUUUAGAAGCAUUUGAGACUGGACUGGAAAGAGAGAAAAUGCUGGGACAACAGAGGUUGUUAAAUAUUGCGUGUGCGGCGAAAGCGAGAACGCGGAACGUAACGUUAGCCAGGCCAAACAGGGACGAAGUCCUAAAUUUUAGCAUUUUAGGAGGAUUUGAGAGAGGGUUUGGCAUAUUUAUCUCGAAAGUUGACAAGAGAUCUAAGGCUGAAGAUGUCGGUUUAAAGAGAGGCGACCAGAUUUUAGAAGUGAACGGCCAAAGUUUCGAGCAUGUAAAUCAUACGAAAGCUCUCGAUAUUCUGAGAGCUUCUACGCAUCUCAGUAUAACUGUAAAAUCUAAUUUGCUUGCCUUUAAAGAAAUGCUUCAAAUGCCAGACAAUUCCCCAAGACCCCGUGGUAGAGCAAAUAAGCCGGAAAUACCGAGGCUUCCGUCGGAUCCACGAGUUAGACUAUCGACGCACGUGGAUCCCAUGACUCCUGUGAAUCCUUUAAAUCCCAUGAUUGGCGGAGUGCCGUUAUUAAUUCCGGACAACAAUGUAUCGCCGUGCAAAGAUGCUAAAAAGGAGCACAAAGGAUUUAUGACUCUUGGACCUAAACGGCGAUUACAGAAAGCACUUAUGAAAAUGAACAUACUGCCAAAGAACACGAUCAACGACGGUGUACAUGUGGACGACCCUCUUGCGCCACCGCAUACACCACCGGGAACAGGGCUCACGCAAACUACUACUAAUCUAUACCAUUCGAAAAGUAAUCCAGAUCUUACGUCGCUUUAUUGUUACGACGACUUGAGGGCAAACGAUUAUCCUGAACAUGUGCUCAAAGUAUAUAAAGCUGAUCAAACCUGCAAAUAUCUCCUUAUUCACAAAGAGACGACAGCGCAUGAGGUGGUGAUGCUUGCACUUCAAGAAUUUGGCAUAACAGAAAGCAGUUCAAAUUUCUCACUGGCCGAAGUGAGCGUCGGCGAAGGUGGUAUGAUUAAGCAGCGUAGAUUGCCAGAUCAAUUGCAGAAUCUUGCGGAACGAAUCGGAUUGAGCUCUCGAUACUACUUGAAAACUAACGGAAUCUCCGAGACUUUAGUAGCCGACGAUCAAGCUCCGGAACUCAUUCGAGAGUCCCAAGUGCACUUUUUGCAACUGAAUGCUGUGGAAGUAGCAAUACAACUGACUCUACAAGACUUCAGUAUAUUCAGACAAAUCGAAUCCACCGAGUAUGUGGAUGACCUGUUUGAAUUGAAGAGUAGGUACGGUGUACCUAUGCUCAGUCAGUUUGCGGAACUAGUCAACAGAGAGAUGUUCUGGGUUGUAACAGAGGUUUGUUCCGAACAUAAUCUCGUCCGGCGCAGUAAGAUUAUAAAGCAAUUUAUUAAGAUAGCGCGCCAAUGCAAGGAGUGCAAAAAUUUCAAUUCCAUGUUCGCAAUUGUAUCCGGUUUAGGCCAUGGCUCAGUAUCGAGAUUAAGAGCUUCGUGGGAAAAACUGCCAACCAAAUAUCAAAGAUUAUUCAGCGAUCUACAAGAAUUGAUGGAUCCCAGCCGUAAUAUGAGUAAAUACCGGCAGUUGGUGGCGUCUGAACAAACGCAACCACCGAUAAUACCUUUCUAUCCGGUCGUGAAGAAGGACUUGACCUUUAUACAUCUUGGUAAUGAUUCGAGAGUAGAGAGUCUGGUGAAUUUCGAAAAACUCAGAAUGAUCGCGAAGGAAGUGAGAACGUUAACAAACAUGUGUUCCUCACCCUAUGAUUUACUCACUAUGCUGGAGAGGGGCGGACAACCACCAAGCUCCGCGAUGGUAGCUCUGAACCAAAUGACUACUGGCAAUCAAGGCGGCCAAACUGCGACGGUGAAACGACGAAAGAAAUCGACGGCCGCACCAAACCCGAAGAAAAUGUUUGAGGAAGCACAGAUGGUCCGAAGAGUGAAGGCCUAUCUCGCGAAUAUGAAAGUGAUCACCGACGAGGAACGGUUGCAUCAACUUUCCGUGGAUUGCGAGCCACAUGCGGGAGCCGUUGCAGUUGCAGCCGCGGUACCAUUGGGUGGUAGUCGGGGAAGGAGGCAUCCGUCGCCUACUCUGUCGACUACCAGUAGCGCCAGUAGCACCAGCGAAGGCAGAAAGAGUAUACAAGGUACAAAAUUUGGUGCCGCGUCGCCGCAAGCAGUUAGGAAGAUGUUGGCUCUGUCUGAUCCUCACAAGACACGACCGUAUCAACCUAAGCACUGUCCACCGCCGCUACCUGUACCGGGAUUGGCACUACAUUCGAGCGGUUUGGAGCCUAGUCCAGGCGCACCUAGAAGAGUAGGAUCCGGCAGCAGGGUACCGAUGCACGAACGAUCCCACAGCGAUACUCCUGCCAGCCUACCGCCGCCUGUCGAUCUCAGCGCGGAGAGCAGUAGUGUAACUAGUUUGAGCAAUCUCCAGCCGCUGAGGAAAACCUUGACAAGCGGUUCGGUGACGAGCAGUGACAGUGGUCAUAGCACUCAGCUGGACAGCCACAGCGGGAGCAGCGUGGAAGCGGGCGGCAGCCCACCGCCACCGCAAAGACGGCACUCCGCUCUGCAAGGUACUACGGGAUUAGGAGUAAACAUGGGCCUAGGGAUGCCAGCCCCGUUGCCACCGCCCGGAGCGGGGACGACGACGAUAAUGACGAUGGGUGCUAUGGCGGGCAACAUGACAUCGUCGAUGCGAUCAGGCAUGAGUAGCACACCGCAAUGCCGUCAACCACCGGCGUACAAAGUCGUGCAGCAGAUGGCGAGAUUGCACAGACUCGGUCGUGCUAACAGCCACGAAGGGGUCACCUAUCGGGGCACCGAUCACGAAGAUGAUGACGAAGACGCCCAAGUGUCGGCGGUUUAAGUGGUCCACGAGUUUCACCGAGUGUCGAUUACCAUUUAGUUAAUUUCGUCAUACAGUUUGUUUUACACGGUCAAAGGAGAAAUCGUUUCCGGAUAAUACCAUGCGCGUGCCGUUGGCAACGAAAAGAGAAUGCAGGGAAGAUGGACGACACUCGCACACUUUCUUCCUAUUACGAUAAACGUCAUUUUGCAUUCGUAACGGUAGCAUCCUAAUUCGAUGGCUUUUGGCCGUCAACAUGUCGUGACACUCUCUUGAGGCGUGGGCCAAUUUCUCGGUUUGGCGGAACCUACUUAGACUUUGCUGCAAGAAAAGGCGUUUAUUCUUAUUUAAGCGGAACGCUCGUCUUCCAAGGGUCCCCGCGACGAACCUGAAGGAAUCAGCGAGAAUCUCAAGCGUUAAGAUAUUUGUACAACGUAUCGUGGAAAGCGACAAGUAACUGGUGAAUGUCGGUAAGCGGGAGAAGACGGUAGGGGAGAGUAUUUUUCUUUUAUUAGGCUAAAGGAACACUUCUCGAGUAAGCUUAUGGGCUUUCACGGGAUUGCGAGAAGCGAGUUAAAUAUGAGAAGGAGAGAAAACGAUCGUAAUAUUCUAUAUAAAUGUGUAAUAAAACCAAGUCCAAAGAUGUUAUAUAUAUAUACAUACUAUAUAUAUAUACAUAUAUAUAUAUACUGCGUGUCGCCAGAGAAAGUACGAAUAUGACGGCGUGUCCUGUAAUAUAUACUUGAUAGGUAAUUUAGUGUCUCAUAAUAGUGUAAGUUGGUGUAAAUAGCAUAGUGUUAUAGUAUUUAGGAACGAAGAGCAAAGGGACUACGAGAAAUGAGACAAAGAUUCAUUGUUUAAAAUAAUGCGGCUAGCUCUUGUGUUUUUAACGCAAUAGCUUCGCCAGCGUUGCAUAUUUAAAAGUUAAAAGAAUUAAAUUCGUUUCUUUAUUGGUAAAAAAAAAUGGAAAUGUCUCAUAAUCGUUUUAGGUUUCGUUUACGCGUUACUCGAAACGAUUUAUUCCAUUUUAAGCGCCUUCCUUUUAAAAGAUUUCUAUUGCCAAUCUGGCUCUGGUACAGACGAUUCAAAUUUUACAAGGAAAAAGUUGGUGUACUUUUACGCUUUUGCUGAAUUUUAAUGACGUAAUCAAGUACAAAAAAAAACGAAUUUUUCGAAGACUACGAUCGAGAUAAUUUUUUUUGCACCAGCGCAAUCUUUUUAAGCAUGGUCGUUCACACGUUACGAAACUAUACUUUGAUUCAUUAAUUUUUACGAAAUGCAUAACGAAUUUUAAUUUGCAAAUAAAUUAUUGUUCUGAUUAUUAUUUUUCUAAUCUCAAAUCUUUAGUUUGAUACUUUAUCGUCGAUGUUAUCAUCGGGUUUAUAUUCGUUAUUUUAUGAAUAUCGAGGUACUUGUUCAGUUUUACGAGUGUAAUCCGCAACGUACGAAAGAAAUUUCUUGAGAUCGUAUCUCUCGUAGAAUUCGAGGACAAAGACAAAAAGAAGAAAUAAAAUAAAAAUUUUCGCUACUUUACAUGUCGGUACGAGAGAAGCAGUUGGCUUUAUUAUAGUAGAUUUAUCCAUGUAUAUUAUAUAAACACACAGAGAUACAAAUGUGUGUGCGAACACACACAUACACAUAUACAUGUACACAUAUGCUCUUGUCUUACUUGAGACUCGAGUCCUUUUACAAGUAUUAUAAAGAAAUUGUAAUUCACGUGCACGAUAUGUAUCGACGCGUUAGCAAAGAGGGCCUAAUUACCUGGGCACCGUUUUUGCGAUUGCCAAGUAUGCGGAAAUCGAAAAAACGCACGAAAGAGUAUAAGAGAGAAUGCGAAAGAGUGUGAAUGUGUAUGUGAGAAAGGAAAAUAAAAAGAGUGAGUAUCAAGAGUCAACACAGUGCUUUUUGGAUACUCGGAUCUCUACCAUUAAUUACAUUCCAAACUUUGCCUUGCCGUGUUUAUACUUGUCAACAGUUGCUUUCCUCUUCCGAUUAUCCUCCUCAAAAAAGGGGGAGGGAGAGGAGAGAGAGAGAGGGGGGAAGCACAAAGUCCUCGUUUAACAAACUGCUGUCAAAUAUUAUUGUUGCUAAUGUUGACUUAUUUUCUUCCUAGUUAUUUUCUUCCUUUCAUUAAAAGACCAAUCUUAAAAUCCACAAAGACUGUGUUACUCUUCGAUGUAGUGUCCGGUGAUCUCGAAGGAUCGGGAAGGAGUAGAUCUUUCCAUCUCGGUCUUUUGGGACAGGAAUAUAUUUACACACACCUUCAUAUUCAUAUAUUAUAUCUCUUUGUACAUAUCCUAACAACUUUUAAAUAUUAAUAUUCAACGUUCUCGAAAAAUUUUUAAACGUAUAUACCGGUAAUUAACAUUCUUCGUAAUGCAGCGUCAAAAACUAAAUUCUUUUCUUUUCUUCAGGUCUGACGCGACAAAUCCAUUUUUAUCUUUGUUCUUUCUCUCGUCAUAUCUUGCAUUUUAGGCGCACUAGGCUCUAUGUCAUUCCACGUGCAUUUAUAAUUCUCGAGAAGAAUCGGUGAAUUUUUAUCAAGAAUUCUGAACGUUGAGAAUAGUUUCGCUUAUUAUAAUUGAUAUACAUGUUUUGAACAAUUUUUUUAUGCGAGAAAUUUUUAUACACAGUCGUAUGAGAUACUAUUUAUAGAAUUCCACGUUGUGAGUUGGUACGCAGAAUUCUCGGUGGAAAUUCCAAAUUUCAUAUUGUUCCAGUAAAAUCGUGUAAUCUUUUGGUAGCGACUUAAAUUUAGCCUCGAAGUAAAGGAGCCUUGGACGUCUUACAGUUAACUCUUGCUCUUUUCUUUUAACGAAACUCGAUAGGAAACUAUACAAUGCGAACACGCGAGAAUGUUUACUGUUCGGGAAAUGGAAGUUGAGACGGGCCGCAUUUUCUUCCGCUCACCGUCUCUUUCUUUAUUUUAUUUAUACCAUGCCUCGUUCUGUUGUUUUAAUUAUUUAUAACCCCGAGAUAUAUUCGUCUAUUAACGCGGACAGGAAGCAACAGAAAAAAUCUUUUGUAUUUAAUUUGUUUAAUAAAACUUGAAUCAUAGUACAAUGUCUCCUAA